AUGAAAGCAUUUCAAAAUUUGCGGAAUGCACUGGCAUCCUCGUCGCAAGCAACGUUGCAAGCACAGUCAGAAUCGCAAGUAUCGAGAAGCAGUAGCAGCCGAAAGUCAAAAAACAGAGCACAAUCAACAAGUAGUGAAGGCGUGAAACCAAAACGGCGGUUAUCUUUCAGCCGAUUAUCGCGAUCUCCGCCAACACAGCCAACUGAAGAAAAGGUCGAAAAUUCCUUACACCGUGUUACUUCUUCCACUAAUCUUCAGAAAUUCUCCGGGGCUACCAAGAUUCGAAGAUCAGUAUCUAAUGAGAAAUUGACUACUUGCGUGGAGAGAAAACGUAGAGACAUUAAUUCCUCACCAAAAUCUAGUAAUUUUGCGAUAAAGAGGCUUGGAUUUCCGUGUGAACUGCCGAAUAACCUUGUCACAGAUGUUGGUAUACAAGGACAGUUUGAAAAUAAGGACAAAAAAGCAGGCGUUAUUAUCACUAAAUCGCUACUUGUUUUAAGAGUUGAAGAAAACUCAAUAUUCUAUGACACUCUGAAAAUAUGUGAUUUCUUAACACACAUCGAAAAUGAAAAAAUCAGCGGAAAGAAAGAGUUUUAUAAUAAAUUAAAGUCGUUUCGUAGUAAUGGCAAAAGGUUCAACAUAAGAUUACGUAGACCAUUAUGGAAUACGCCAGCAACAAAAUUACCAAAAGGUUAUGACCGAGCUCCGGGUUAUAACUACAUAUGUGGCUUGAUGAUCCUGUAUCCAGGCGGUAAUUUGGGCAUGAAUGUUAAAUCGUACAAUAGUAAAGUAUAUGUUACCAGUACCGAUCAGUUAAGUAUGGCAUCUGCCACGUGCCUCAUGGGAGAUUGUAUUGUUGACGUGAACGGUACGCCAGUCACGUCAACCGCUUCAUGUAGAGAACGCAUGAUUUCAGAACUGAAAGAGAAGAAAUAUGUGAUGAUGACGAUCGAGCGAGCGGUAGAUAUGCAAGCUCUAAGGGUGGUUAAAUAUGUGCUACUUGUCCAGAAAGUUCCUGAAAAAGACCCAAGAAUGGCACAAGACACAACUAAAAUUGGCUUAGACGAAGCUGAGAGGAUUCGACGAAGUACUUUACCUGUGCACUUGAAGAGUAUUUAUCAUGGCAAACAUGAAUCUCGCCAAAAACGCCUGAUAAUUCGUGAAAUGUCAAUGUUUACUCCAAUAGGUGCUGAUCCAUUCAAUCCUUUGCUGAUGCAGGCUGUUCCUCCAAAAAAAAUGGAUGUUCUGCAUGCAUCUAAGUCAGGCCAACUAAAUAUCUCUGAUCAGAUUCAACAAUCCAAGGAAUAA